AUGGAGUUACUGUCACAGAUGUGGUCGCUGCUAGGUCUCCUCACUGUUCUUCAGAACCUCCUCCCUUCCCAGCUUCUCUCUCUUCUUCACUCCUUCUACGAGUCCCUUCAGGACUGCCUCACCCCCUAUUCUUACUUCGACGUCCCCGAGUUCGACGGCUACUGCGGCGUCGACGUCAACCACCUCUACCGCCAGGUCAACCUCUACCUCAACUCCCUCAACUCCUCGUCCCCCGCUGCUGCCGCCUCCUGCCGCCGCCUCACCCUCUCCCGUUCCAAAUCCUCCAACCGCAUCUCCUUCACCGUCGCCCCCAACCACACCGUCCACGACACCUUCCAGGGCCACCGCCUCUCCUGGACCCACCACGUCGACACCGUCCAAGACUCCCUCGAAGAGAAGCGCAGCUUCUCACUCAAGCUCCCCAAGCGCCACCGCCACGCCCUCCUCUCCCCCUACCUCGACUGCCUCACCUCCCGCGCCGAGCACUUCGAGCGCGUCUCCCGCGACCGCCGCCUCUUCACCAACAACGCCCGCGCCUCCUGGGUCUCCGUCCCCUUCCGCCACCCCUCCACCUUCCAAACCCUCGCCCUCGACCCCCGCCUCCGCCACCAACUAACCCACGACCUCCAAUCCUUUGCCGACGGCAAGGACUUCUACCGCCGGGUCGGGAGGGCAUGGAAGCGAGGGUAUUUGCUCUACGGACCUCCCGGAUCUGGGAAAUCUAGCUUGAUUGCGGCAAUGGCGAACUUCCUCUGCUACGACGUGUACGACCUCGAACUCACCAAGGUGUCCGACAAUUCAGAGCUGCGAGCUUUGCUCAUACAGACGACCAACCGCUCCAUAAUUGUGAUAGAAGAUAUAGACUGCUCGGUUGACCUGACAGCGGACAGGCAGUCGAAGUGGAGGCGGAAGAAUCGGCCGCGGGGGGCGGCGGAGGACGAGGACGAGGAGGCGGAGGAGGGAGGGAGGGUGACACUGUCGGGGCUUUUGAACUUCACUGACGGGCUGUGGUCGUGCUGCGGGGAAGAGAGGAUCAUAGUGUUCACCACGAACCACCGGGACAACGUGGAUCCCGCGCUGGUGAGAUGCGGGAGGAUGGACGUGCACGUGAACUUGGGCACGUGCGGAAUAGAGGCGUUUAAGGCUCUGGCAGCGAACUACCUGGGGGCGGAGGCGGAGUGUCACGUGCAUGGGGUCAUGGAGGUGGUGGAGAGCUGCAUAAGGGCGGGCGGGGCAUUGACGCCGGCGCAGAUAGGGGAGAUCUUUCUGAGGAACAGAAGCGAGCCGGAUGCGGCGAUGAAGGCGGUAGUGUCGGCAAUGCAGGCGAAAAUUCUAAGGGGGAGUACUACUAAUCAGCAGCGGGAGACGGAGGGGGUGAUGGUGGAGUUGACGGAGACGGACAAUGAGGAUCAGGGGGCGGAGGGCGGGGAGAGGGGAUUGGUGGAGUGGCCGGAGAACUGGGAGACUAGGAAGAAUUCAAAUGGAGGGAGGAAGAGGAAAGAAACGACGUCGUCUGCGUGGGAGAGAAAAGUGGGCUUCCUGGUGCGCCUCAAGUCUCUCACCAAGUCUGACUCCGGGCGAAGGGGGAUCUGACUAGUGUUUUUUUUUUUUUACUAUUUGUUUUUUCUCUGGUUAAAUAGAACGUGGUAGGUACCCACUCAGUCGUAUGGUUCUAUGGUGCUAUGGAAGUUUGAGUUCGUUGUAAUCAAAAAGGGCUCAGCUCCAACUUAACCCCACUCUCAAUAUAUAUAUAUAUUUUAAUAU